AUGCUGCAUCAGCAGCCUCUAUCCACCAGCAGCAUCGCCUCUAUUGCCGGGUUGAGCAGUCUUGGUGCGGCGGCGGCUGGAAACAAGCAGCACACCUCAGCACCGUCAGAGAGCGGCUACAACACCCCCCCAGUGAUCGUGGUACAGACGCUCCGCUCGCUCGCUUCACUCGACGUACAGGCUCAAGGACACUUGCGGCUUGCGCGACAGCAUGCUGCGAACGCUGCGCGCAUCGAAGCGCUACGAGACGGGCUGCGGCUCCGCGAGGAGAGGACGAAAGCUGCGAUAGGUGAACUGGCGAGGAUCAAGGGCGAACUGGACUGGAUCGUCAAGAACAGCGAGAUGAAGACCAGGGCGGUCAACAAAGCAGAGAAGCACCCACUAUCCUUUGAAGACGUGCUGUCCUAUGCAAGCCGAUUAUCAUCCAUCACAUCCGCGCCGCCAGGCUUCAAACUGCCGACGCAAAUGGCUCUGAGCACUGAAAACGAAGCCGAAGCGGACACGAAAGCACACCAGGGCGUUGAAGGCAAGGAGACAAAGCCGAACGUCGCAAAGGAAGGGACAGGCAGCGAGAAACGUCCACCCAUGGCAUUCUAUGACCCCAAGAUGCCUGGCAUGCCCGAAAAGCUUCCGUUCCCCGACGAAGGAAUGAUGAGACGUGGUACACUGGGCGCGCUGGCCGUCGGACAGGGCGUGACAUUCGCGCCUGUACCUGCUGCGACCGCGCUUGGGCCGCAAGCUGGCGAGGGCAGUGAGGAGGGUGCGGCGACAGCGUUGGCUGGCUUGCCGACAGAGGAAAUGCUCGAGGAGGCGAAGCGGCGCGCCGAGGAAGCAAGGGCAAUGCAGGAGGCUGAGGAGGCUGAUGCAUUCGAUCUCGAUCUCAACUGA